GUUCUCGUGUUCUGUCUCUAUCCAUUUGUUUACUCCCGAUCCCCAUCAGCCAUGGCGAUAAAGUGAGGGUUCCAGGCGGCCGCCGCUUCAGGGAGGGCUCGCGGCGGAGACAGGCUCGGCGCUCGCGCGGUCGGCAGGAGCUCGCAGCGGGCAAGGGCUGGCUCUCGGGCAGGAGGUGCUCGCAGCACGGUGCUGGCAGGGGUGGCUCGUGGCGCAGGCAAGGAGAAGCUCACGACAGGGGCGGCUAAGACUUCGGUGCGGGCACAGUUGCAGGUUGCAGCAGCCACUCGUUGAAGAUGUUUCCCUCUGACGUCGAGAUUAACUCUGAUGUCACAUAUACAGUAUGUGUUCAGUUUGGUCAAUUCAUUGCUAAAUUUGAUGACGGUAGUUGUGUUCUUGUGCCACACAAAUACGAUGAAUGGGUUGUGGAUUAUCAGCGAUGCUCACUAGCAAGCUUGCAAAAGGACUUUGCUGCCAGGGUGAACUGGGGCAGCAACCAAGAGGUAGAGGUGUCAGUAUUUGACAAGAGCAUCAAUCUAGAAACAAGGCUGGAGAAUGAUUCCGUAUUGCGUGCAUUUUUCGACAGGUGUGUUGAUAGGAGGUUGUACUUGUUUGCUGAUGUGGUAGAUAAAUCGGCUCAGGUGAUUAGUAAUUCUGGUCUCACAGUUGUUAGUCACAGUGGUGUGGAAAGUGCAGCAUAUGCAUGUUCAAAUAGUCAACUAGAAAGCGCAUCUAAUGUGAUAUCUCCAAAUGUUGAUGUACCUUUUGUUGAUUGGGAUGCUCUUGAGAUUGUUCCUAUUACAGAAGAGCUGGUUGGUUCUAUAGUUCCCGUUGUUGAUGAAGACAAUUUUUAUGAACACAUUGGUCUUCGAGCCGAGGAUGAGAGAGUAGAGAAAGGCAAAGAUAGACUACCAGAUGAAGUUGCAUGUGAAGGUGCACUUGAUGUUGAAGGUGCAGCCAUACCUUGUACUGAUACAAUACCGGGUGAGGAUGCUAUCUUUUAUGAUAAGGAGGACCCUCCAAUGACUGUUGGCAGCACAUAUGCAAGCAUGAAUGAGUUCAGAUCAGCAGUAAGACAACAUGCUAUAAAGGGUCAGUUUGAGGUGUGGACAAGGAAAUCUGAUACAUGUAGGUUUAGGGGUUAUUGCAUAGCUAAGGGUUGCCCAUGGUUUAUUGUGGCAAGAUUAAUGCAUGAUGAGAAGUCUGUUAGGGUUACUAUGAACAAUUUUGAUCACUUAUGUGCUUCUACCGGUAGAGUGAAGACCAGAAUGACAACAUACCGUUGGAUAGCAGAGAAGUCAAUCCCAUUUUUGAAGAAGGAUCCAAAUAUGGGCGCAAAAAAGUUACAAGAGGAGCUAGAGGAUAAAUAUAAUGUGAAGCUAGGAUACUCAACAGUGUGGGCUGGUAGACAGAAGGCGGUGGAACAAAUAUUUGGAACAUGGGAAGAAAGUUUUGCAGAUUUGUAUAGGUUCAAGGCAGAGAUUGACGCAAAAAUGCCUGGAAGUGUUGUCGAUUUAGAGGUGCAGGAGGAAGAGGAUGGUGUGUAUUUUCGCAGAUUCUUUUGUUGUUUCAAACCAAGCAUUGAUGGUUUUCUGAACGGUUGCAGACCGUUUUUGAGCGUAGACUCCACAGCGCUCAAUGGCAGAUGGAAUGGGCAGUUUUCUGAAAAGGAAGAGUCACGCCAAACAAGGGCGACCAUUAGGAUCAGCAAGUACUUGCACGCCCAAAAGGCAAAAAGUUGUGCAAAACGAGUCAACUAAUAUUAGUCCGGGGCCUGUUACAAGAAGCCAAUCGGCGUUAUCAACGAUUGGUGAAGGCUCAAGCCAGGAAAUGGCCACACCCAAAAGGCAACAAGUUGUGACAAAUCAAUCAACUAAUAUUAGUCCUGUCCCUGUCACAAGGAGGCAAUUGGCAUUAUCAAUGCUCGAUGAAAGCACAAGUCAGGAAUUGGCCACACCUUCGAGGGCAACCAAAUCCCCUUCCAAGCCUACAUCAAGGAUUGCAAGGAAGAUCACUCCAAGAAAAUUCAAAAAGUGAAUGUUUUUGUGUCUACAAAACUAUGAUAUUGGAUGCUUUUGUAAUCUUAAUUAAUUAGAACGGAGGCAUUUGGAUGAUAUUUUGGCAUAUGUAUGGAUUGUUGACAUUAAACUUGUUAUUGUGCUUGCUGUUAUGCUUCUGUAUGGGAUUAUUGACAUUUGGAUGACAUUUGGGCUUAAUAUUUAAAUCAAACUUGCUAUUAUGCUUGAA